AUGCCGGAGAUCGAGGUAGUCGGCGGAGCCGGCGACGACUCCGGUGAGUCAUCCUUCUCCCCUCCGACCGAAGUGAACUUGUUCGGGAAGUACGAGCUCGGAAGGCUCCUCGGGCGCGGCGCAUUCGCGAAGGUGUACCACGCGCGGAACGUAGACACGGGGCAGAGCGUGGCCAUCAAGGCCGUGAGCAAGCAGAAGGUGCUCAAGGGCGGGUUUACGGCGCACGUUAAGCGGGAGAUCUCUAUCAUGCGCCGGCUACGCCACCCCCACAUCGUUAAGCUGUACGAGGUGUUAGCCACGAAAACUAAGAUCUACUUCAUUAUGGAGUUCGCCAAAGGUGGCGAGCUCUUCGCCAAAAUUUCCAAGGGCCGGUUCAGCGAAGACCUCAGCCGCCGGUAUUUCCAGCAAAUGAUCUCUGCCGUUGGAUAUUGCCACUCCCGCGGCGUAUUUCACCGCGACUUGAAGCCUGAGAAUUUGCUGCUGGACGAGAACUGGAAUUUGAAGGUUUCGGACUUCGGGCUCAGCGCCGUGACGGAGCAGGUCCGACCCGACGGGCUGCUCCACACGCUAUGCGGGACCCCCGCGUACGUGGCUCCCGAAAUUCUCGCGAAGAAAGGAUACGAAGGUGCGAAGGUGGAUAUCUGGUCAUGCGGCAUCAUAUUGUUCGUUUUGAACUCGGGUUAUUUGCCGUUCAACGACCAGAAUCUGAUGGUGAUGUAUCGGAAGAUUUAUAAGGGCGAUUUUCGGUUCCCAAGAUGGACGUCGCCCGAUCUGAGAAGACUGAUUUCGCGCCUUCUGGACACGAACCCCGAGACGAGGAUCACCGUAGAUGAGAUUCUGAAGGACCCUUGGUUCGGGAAAGGAUACGAGGAGAUCAAAUUUCACUUCGAGGACUUCGAGUUGAAGGACUUGAGAGACGGGGACAACGACACGUCGUUGAACGCUUUCGAUUUGAUCUCAUUCUCGUCCGGGUUUGAUAUCUCCGGUUUGUUCAGCAAGUCCGAAAUCUCGGACUGCGGGGAGCGGUUCAUAUCGGCGGAGACGCCGGAGACGAUAAUCGAGAAAGUGGAGGAGAUAGCGAAGGCGGAGAACGUGGCGGUUAUGGAAAAGAAGAGUUGGGGUGCGAAAUUGGCGGGGCAGAAUGGUAAUUUCGUGGUGAUGAUUGGGAUUUACCGGCUAACGGAAGAGCUGGUGGUGGUUGAGUUGAACUUGAGGCAAAGAGAAAGUGAAUGUAGCCAGCGAAUAUGGAAAGAUAAGCUGAGGCCGCAGCUCAGCUGUUUGAUAUACCGACCGGAAGAGGACGUCGCCGGUAAUUAA